AUGGCGGAACUCUUUCGUAAUGAAGUACCUGAAAUUGAACAAGGCGUGCUGGAAAUUAAAUCGUGUGCACGUGACCCAGGUUCACGCGCCAAAAUAGCUGUUUAUGCUGCAGAUAAGCGGGUUGACCCUAUCGGUACCUGUGUGGGUGUGCGGGGUGUGCGGGUGAAUGCGGUUACCAAUGAAUUGGCUGGUGAGCGUGUGGAUAUUGUGCUUUGGAGCGAAGACCCUGCACAAUUUGUGAUUGGUGCCUUAGCGCCCGCCAAUGUGGUUUCCAUCGUUGUGGAUGAAGACCGUCACGCCAUGGACGUGGUGGUGGAUGAGGAAAAUCUUGCCAUCGCCAUAGGGCGUGGUGGACAAAACGUGCGCUUGGCCUCUGAUCUCACUGGUUGGAAAAUCAACAUCAUGGAUGCGGCUGAGUCGGAGCAAAAACAAGCCGAUGAAGCCGCCGACAUUCGCAAGCUCUUUAUGGACAAGUUGGAUGUGGACGAGGAGGUCGCAAAUAUUCUGAUUGAAGAAGGCUUUACUACUUUAGAAGAAGUAGCUUACGUUCCUUUGGCCGAGAUGCUGGAGAUUGAAGCGUUUGAUGAAGACACGUCAAGACUUGCGCGAUUUAGAGGGUUUAACACCUGA